UUUGUUGUGUAGGCUAGUUAGAAAAAAAACUAGACCUCAUUUUUGGACAAACUCAAAAUGUGUUAACUUUUUGGAUUUUUCCCCUCGCGUUUUACCGGGCUUUGGAAUAAUGAGCCUCUACAGAGCGGAAGUAAUACUCAGCUGACCUGAUGUCAACAUGCCAUUUCGAAUUAGCGCACUUUCCCUAGUGAAAUAUGGGAGCAGCGGUGACUGGCAAACUGUUGAAAUAGGCUUAGCAUAGCAAAUUCAAGGUUUUGGUUGCGUUAUGCACAUUAGUCGAACUCGGUAUCGAUUCGUAAUUAAACACAAUAAUAAUGGGAGAGCAGUCUGAUCGAUCAGCACUUCUCGACUGGGAGGAGGUUGCAGAUGUGGAGGAGCCCUCCUUGACAACCGAAGUUAACGAAAAUUCCCCCCGAGCAACCACAGUAAGUAGCAGAGCUCUUGGUAGCACGGUGCCCGGUACAGGAUGGAGCUCAAGUCCUAAAGAGGCUGUGUCCAGCGAACUGACCAGCUUAUACGCAGGUGUCCUAACGGAAAAGGCUGUAAGUUCGUGGGUCUGGCAAAAUGAAUGUGAUCAACAAAAAGGAAGGCAGUAUGUGACAAAACGAAACCAAGACGUAGAAUGGAGGAGGCAGCAGGACCAAGUUCUUGCCGUAUUUGUGGUGACAUUUCAUACAAGAUCGGGUAAUAUGUUGGAAUGGUGCCUCCCACAAGAUUUGAACCUUGAUGGAGUUGAGUUCAAGUCCAUGUCGAGUGGUUCCCACAGAAUUGCCAGUGACUUUGUAUAUUUCCGGAAGGACUCUUACUUUGGCCUGGCAUGUUUUGCCAAUUUGCCUGUGGAGAGUGAACUGGAGAGGGGGGUGCGGAUGAAGUCUGUGGGCAUCCUGUCUCCCUCCUACACCACACUCUACCACCACAUGGCAUUCUUGGAGAACCAGGUCAGGGACCAGUUGAGGUGUCCUGGCCAGUACUCUGCUUUGGAGUCUUUCUUUGACCAGAAGAAGGGUUUGCUUCCUGCCAGAACAGCAAGGAACAAUGUGGCUGCCCUGUCAACUCCCAAACACUUCAUGACCCCUGAAAUGAAGGUCACUCACCCGGAUGGAUGCAUGUCUCAGUUCGUGCAGUUCUUUGGAGAGCAGAUCAUGGUACUGUGGAAGUUUUCUCUGCUGAGGAGACGCAUAUUGAUCUUCUCCCCACCUCCUGUAGGAGAAGUGUGCUACAGAGUCUACAGUUGCUGUGCCUUAGCCAAUGUGCCUUUACCUGGUGUCAGCAGAAGACUGCCUCCGUUUUGCCCUUUCUUUUAUGUGAAUGUGAAUGAUAUACACACCCUGGAGACAGAGCUGUCAUAUGUGGCUUGUACAACGGAGAGGAUUUUUGAGGAGAAGAAGCACCUCUUUGAUAUCUACGUGGACAAUCAGAAUGUGCAGACACAUAGGGAGAGCUUGCAACCACUGCUUCGGAUCACUAGCUCUGACCGAGAGAAGUACAAGAAACUCCAGGAGAAGAGAAAGAGGCUGGUGGGGCACUCCAGCUACACUGAAGAGGAGCUCUUUACUUUGUUUUUCUCUGAGCUGAACACUAAGAUUUUCCAGACACUUCUGGAGGUGGCGUCCAGUGUGGAUCGUGCCCUGACCAAGGAGCAUGUGCGGAGGAUGGGCCUGGACCCCCAGGCUGACCACAAGUUCCUAGUGUACAUACUGGAGACAUACGGCAUCGAUGUCAUGCUCAUGAUUGACACCUCCUGUUGCUUCUGAAGUAAUGGCACAUAGACAGCCAGAAAGAACCCAUUUUUGAGGUCCUCCUCUCACAACCUGUUAAGGCCUGUACACUGUUGUAAAGUUGGCAAAUAAGCCCAGGACUGCACUGUUUAUGAAGACAAUUCAAUGGCAGUAAACAAUAACAAGGUUAAGCACCAGCAUGGGUAAGGUCUCCCUGCACAGAUUGAGAUUUAUUGACCAAUCAGGAGACUUCUGAUUCUACUGUAGACAGAUCCACUCUGAUAGUAGAUUUUUAAACCUUUUCAAGUAUCACACUGUAACUUCUUUACUUGUUGCUUUACAAUACAGUCAAAUGUAUUAUUACACUGUGUCAGAUCAAUAAAUCUGGUGUUAGUAUUUCUA